GGAUGUUGUCAUGACUGAGUCCAUGUUGCGUUGUCCAUUAUGUGCCUCACCACUUUUGUUCGUGUUGUCUGUUUGCGGAAAGCCACGUAACUGCAUGUUUCUGCUUUCCGAUUUCCAUUCGAGGGACAUCAACUGAAGCGAUGCCGGUGAACACAGCUUUGCCGGUUUUGCUUUGCCCACCGACGCACAUAUGUUAGCACCUCUUCGUGAAAUCACGGUUUCGUUCUGCACUUCAAAAGAGCACGCAAUGUUAGAUUGCUACCCCUGAGAAAUGUCGUCUGUUACACGGUAGAGGUAAAAUGUGCGCGAAAAACUGGGUCAAUGAAUUUCAUCUCCACCACCACUGCACGCGGAAAGGACUGUUAUUGGUGAUGUAAUGUAGUGCUCGUGUUUGCUAAGCUGGACGGCUGCUGCUGGACGGUCAGUGGUGCUGGAGCUCAGUACCAUCUGAUGGCAGUGUCAGCGUUCAGUGGCAUUCGGACGGACACUCCAGGCCUCCGUUGCUGCACAGGCCAACGUGCUCCCCUCCAGGUUACACAGGCACUCUGCCACCGUGGUCAAACACCAUGUGGCCAACAUUUUGGCGCCUGAUUCCUCGACCUGGAUCUACAUUUCCGCAUGCUGUGCUUCCUUGGGGUGUCCCCAACACAAGAUUUUUUACUCCCCCAUUUCAGCAUUGGCAUUGUCCAGGCCAAGCAAUGCUGCGUACGCCUAGUGGAAGUGACACCAACAGUGAUUCUACCUCCUUUGAAAACAUGGACACCGCCAGUCCUCGAAGUGUUGGCCAGGCAAAAAAGCGCACAGACAGGGUGCUGACCCCAGUCGAGACUGGAACGAAGCAGAAACGGAUUGGUUCCACUGAGAGCUUCUCGUGUGAACAGCACGGCCAUUCGGGCUUUCAUCAGCAAGACAGGCAUCGCAGCCGCGAGAGAUACGCAAGCGAAAUUCGGCAGAAAGUGCGCCGAUACCGGCAGUGGGAGUACACCAAGCUUGGGAGACUGAACGCAAGCUCUGCCGCUGCACGUCGAGACAAGGAUGUCAGCUUCUCCCUCAUGUCCUACAACAUUCUGGCUCAGGGUCUCCUUGUUGACAACGCUUUCCUCUACAGCCACUGCAGCAGUGAAGUCCUCCAGUGGGAACAUCGCCGGAGGAACUUGCUCCAAGAAAUAACCAACGCUGAUGCUGACAUCGUGUGCCUGCAAGAAGUGCAGGAUGACCACUUCGCUGAAGUGUUCAAGCCGGAACUGGAGAAGCAAGGAUACAGCUGCAUCUACAAGUGUCGCACUGGGGACAAACACGACGGCUGCGGCAUCUUCUUCCGCAACUCCGUGUUUGAACUGGACCGGUUCGAGACUGUCGAAUUUGCCCGGUCGGGAGUGAGUGUGCUCGAUCGGGACAACGUUGGCAUCAUCGCACUUCUAAAGCCCAAAAAAGCUAGCCAAUCCAGUCAGGACCUUCGCCUGUGCGUAUCCACGACUCAUCUUCUCUUCAACCCACGGCGCGGAGACAUCAAGCUCGCCCAGCUGUGCCUGCUCCUUGCGGAAAUCGACAGGAUUGCAUUCCGCGGAAUGGAUUCUCAAAACCGUCCGUUGUACUCCCCCAUUAUUCUCUGUGGUGACAUGAACAGUGAACCGCACUCACCGUUGUACAGUUUUGUUACCCAGGGUACUUUACAGUACGCUGGACUGCUCUCGGGCGACAUUUCGGGACAGGGUGAAGGCGCAAAUCGCGGAAGGACAAUUCCGUUGCACGAAUGUCUGCGGGAGUUAGAUAUAACAGAUAGAUCGCAGUACAGGAGCCUGACGGCAUCACGCAGUAAAGUCUCCGCGGAAGCUGAGAUGAAGGAUGUCGAGAAAACAAAAGUUUUGAAAGACGACUGCAGGGUUGUCAACAAGGCGGAUGGUGAAGGGCCCGCGGAUCCUCCGGAGGCAGAACGACUCAACGGAAAAGUGGAGCAAGGGAGCGCAGAAAUUGGACUUCACCAAAAGGAUGCAGGGAACCACGGUAACGAUGAAGGCUCUGGAUUAGUUCAUCACGAGUUAAAUUUUGUUUCUGCAUACCGACACGUGAAACGGGGUUCUACUCCCGAGGUGACUACCCACCACCAGAGGGCCAGCUGUACGGUCGAUUACAUAUUCUACUCCGUGCUGAAGAAGAAUACGGAAAGACGAGACAAUCGUGUGGUGCAGACGAACAUUUCAGAGGGUCCGUUGAAGCUUCUGGGCACGUACGGGUUGAUGUCUGAGAAGGAACUGGAGAGUGUACAUGGCUUACCAAACGAAGUUCAAUCCUCAGAUCAUUUGGCACUCAUUGCACGAUUCAUGCUUCGACUGCCGAGAUAGCGUACGUGAAGUUGGAGGGAAACUGUAAAUAUAGUUCUCUUUUACUUGCCAGUGUUCCCUGUACACCUGCGAAAAGGAAUGUACAAAAUAUACACAACAAAUGGAGGCAAAUAAUUUUAAUAUUCUCUA